UUGAAUAAUAAGCUUAUUUGGCUUAUUUAUGCUAUUACUUUAAAGUAUUUAUAUUGGCUAGUUAUGAGUUAUUUUUGCCAACUGCAGUUUACUCGAUACAAAAUUCUUAAUAGAUAUAUCAUAAAAAGAUGUUUUCAUCAAUGUAAAUCACAAUGUUAUUGCAUAAACAAACAUGAUAUGUAUAAUAAAAAAACAAAAAUUAGAUGGCAGCAAUAUAGUAAAAGAAAAGAAAUCAAUGCUAGAUUUUUCAAAGAAUUUCAACAAAAAAAACAAAUAGUAGAAGAGAUUAUAGAAAGAGAGAAUAUUUGGACUAUUCCAAACUUUCUAUCUUUAGGACGAAUAUUAGCUACUCCCUGUCUUAGUUAUCUUAUAGUAUCGCAAGAUUAUCAAUUAGCUUUAUGGCUUUUUGGAUUUGCUGGUUUCUCGGAUUUAACUGAUGGAUGGAUUGCACGAACAUGGACAUCGCAAGCUUCGAAACUUGGUAGUUUUCUUGAUCCUGCAGCAGAUAAACUAUUGAUUUCAACAAUGUUUUUAUCAUUAACAUGGGUUGGACUAAUUCCUCAAUCACUUACGUGCCUUGUAAUUAUAAGAGAUAUUUUUUUGGUAGCUGCUGCAUCGAAUAUUAGAUAUCGAUCUCUGCCAGCACCGAAAACACUAUCAAGAUUUUUCGAUAUAACACAUGCAACGGUACAACUAGCUCCAACAUCAAUAAGUAAAUUUAAUACUGUAGUUCAGUUAUUAUUAAUUACUGGAACACUGGCGGCUCCAGUUUUCGACUUUCUGGAUCAUAAGUAUCUCCAAGGGUUUCGUUACUUCACAGCAAUAACAACCAUUGCUAGCGGUAUAAGUUAUAUUGUAUCAAAAAAUACAUAUACAUUGCUCAUGAAAAAUAAUAAAAUGCAAAUGAAAUCUUGUAAAAUGAAGUAAAAAACUACCAAAAACUGUUAUUUUUGUAUCAAUCUUUAUUAAAUAUUAUUUAAAAUUUA